AGCCAACAGCCUGCCUGGCUAGCUCUCACGCGCAACGUAGCUCACUGAAAUAGGCAGCAAUGCAUAUCCAUUCUAUAAAUGUCAUGAGAGUGACCUCAGGUGUUGACAGUCAAUAAACGGUAUCUUUCGUUUAGGAGAGAACGUUUUUGCACUACACAGGGAAGAAGUCGUUAGCGAACGGAGCAGAAGGUUGUCUUUCUUCUGUGAAAAGUGGCUAAUCUUAGCUAGGCACCCUUAGCAGCGGAGUCUCUUGCGUCUCUUGCCACGGAGAAGAGCGGCGGGAGGCUGUAGAUAUGUGGAUGUGGGUUAGCUGACUGCAUAGCUCGCCUAAUGUCAUUGGAUGAGUUGUAGCGUCGUUUUACAGCCGGUACAUGUGCUCCCAUCACAGCUCUGAAACAAUACAGGCACAGUGGAACUGAGAAAAUCAGCCAGACGUCAUCACCAUGUUGGAGGAGGACAUGGAAGUGGCCAUCAAAGUGGUCGUGGUCGGCAAUGGAGCUGUCGGCAAGUCCAGUAUGAUCCAACGUUACUGCAAGGGCAUUUUCACUAAAGACUACAAAAAGACAAUUGGAGUGGACUUCCUGGAAAGGCAGAUACUUGUAAAUGAUGAAGAUGUCCGACUAAUGCUUUGGGACACUGCUGGGCAGGAGGAGUUUGAUGCCAUCACUAAGGCCUAUUACCGCGGUGCGCAGGCAUGUGUGCUUGUCUUCUCCACCACAGACCGGGACUCAUUUCAGGCUAUUGACAGCUGGAAGGAGAAGGUGGAAGCAGAAGUUGGAGAUAUUCCCACAGUUCUUGUGCAAAACAAAAUUGACCUCCUGGAAGAGACUGUUAUAAAAAAUGAGGAGGCAGAAGCAUUGGCUAAGAGGCUUAAGCUAAGAUUUUAUCGCGCUUCAGUGAAAGAGGACCUAAAUGUGAAUGAGGUUUUUAAGUAUUUAGCUGAGAAGUAUCUACAGCGACUCAAACAGCAAACAGCAGAGGAGACAGAGGUGGUCCACACAACAAGCAAUAAAAUAGGUGUUUUUAAUACAACAAGUAGUAAUGUCUGCAACCAGAGCUCCAGCAACGGCAGAGAAGUCAUCACUUUGCGUCCUAACAAGCAAAGAACCAAGAAGACUAAAAAUCCCUUUGGAAGCUGCAGCCUCCUCUAGAGAAAAUCAUUUCAUUUUACUGACUGACAGUUAUUUCUGACAUUAGAUUGCUCGUUAUUGUAAGCUGUUGAGGUAGCGACAGUUAGUGACCAAAGCUCACAUAGACUGGGAAACACUACACUACACUAUAUUACUUUAUUAACCUAAUGUUCAUCUUCCUCGCCCCAUGUUGAUAGGUGUAUUGCGGUCUCGAAUAUUCAUCAGCGAUCUGGGCACAAAACCUAACCUUUGUACAUACUUGGAUCCUCCUAAUGGUUGCCUUAAGAAACAACUGCAGCUACAGUAUGUUGUGUUAUUAAUUUAAUGAUGCCCAAAACAACUGAAGUUCUAGCUGUUGGUGCACAUGGAUUUUCCCCCUUAUGGCCGAGGCUUUUGCUCUUUCUUUUUUUUUCACUCUUUUUUUUGUUUGUUUGUUUUAAUGAAACUUGACAUACCGACUCUCAUCAAAGUAUGUAACAGCAAAAGUUGCACUCCAUCGAGACUUUUCCUUCUGUACGUGGUUAUUCUGUUUAACAUUUCAGCUGUGCAAUACAUUUGCAUGUAUUAUAAAAGAUAAGCAGAUUAUUUUAUUCCAUAUUUUUCUAACUGUUAAACAGAUAAUGGUUCAAACUAUAUUCUUCGUCCUGAUUGAACGCUGAGUUAAAUCUUUGCGUGAAGUAUUUUUGUACGAAGCACAAUAGCUUUGACUGAUCUUAUGUGCCAAAUUUUCUCUUUCUGAGCUGUGGUUAAACAUGUGCUCUCAUAGAUAUAGGUAUGUAACCAAAUAUCAAUAACCAAUGACACAAAAAUAGUCCUUUUUCUGUCUGCUUACACUUGUUAAACAAAUUAUUUUAGACAUAAAACACCAUUUACACUAAAAAAAUUCUCUGUUAUUUCAAUCAUAGUACCUCAAGUUACAACCAAUUGUCAGUUACAAUACAAUACUAUGCUUUUGAUUGCAGUUGUUUACAUUGUUUUGUUUAUUAUUUCUAUAGCUUUGACAUAUAUAUUCAGAGUACA